ACUGCGCCACAGAGAAUGGGGAUUUACACGCUCUGCUAACGCAGUUUUGUAGCCGCUGGUUAAUUAAUCUGUUGUAGGAAAACUGUUUCUGCUAAGGAGGAAUAGUUUGUAUUCUGGUUCGUAUCUAGAGCCGGUUAGCAAUUUCCAAAUUGUCUCGUCUUUGUUAGGAUUGAGCCUUUUUAGAUCUUUACGCGAGGCGUGAGGCUUGGACUAGUAUUGGAGGAAGCAGAAGAUGGAUACCCAGACAGACGUGCCUCCUCCCAAGCAGCAGCCCAUGAUAUACAUCUGUGGAGAAUGUCACACAGAAAAUGAAAUAAAAGCCAGAGAUCCUAUCCGAUGCAGAGAGUGUGGUUACAGAAUAAUGUACAAGAAAAGAACAAAAAGAUUGGUUGUGUUUGAUGCCCGGUGAAGAAGAUGCUUCUGGUUUCUCUCUGUGUACUUUGAUUUUUCAUUUGAUUUCACAUUUAUUAUGGCAAAGCAUAUGUGUUCAUCCUGUUAGUGUAAAUUAUAGUCAUAAUAAAGUUUUAUUGAAAUA